GGGUUGCUUGCAAACCCCGCACUCUGCCCGCUUUCAUGAGUCGCUCGAGUUAAGAUGGCAGGGUGUUUUCGCUGUCGUUUCCUCGGCUUCCACUUAGCGCCGGAGGUCACAUCUCCGGCUCGGAUAUCCCCCUCAACGACCUCACUACCAACGGAUAUUCCUUCUCCAUACGUCCCGAAGAGUCUCGAAUGCAGCUGCUGGUGCCCGCACUCCGUCCCAUGAGAAGUUGGAGGAAACUCCCGAGCACGUCGCAUCUGAUCGGCGCCGGAUCGUACGACCGGAUGCGAAGUCCGUACGGAAAGCUCUCGAAGUAGGUGUCGACAUCGCCACUAUGAAUGGGUAUACAGUAUUUGAGCAUGAACUUGAAAUGCUCGAUCCAAAUCUUAACCCCCGAAAUACCACUCCCGCCCAUCACUUUCUCCAACUUAAACCACGCCCUCGUGAACAGUAGCAACAAUGGGUUCCAUGCCGCUCGACCCCUCACCCUUCCGACUGCAAAACACGCCGAUGGGUGCCCAUCGCCCAAUCCGCGUAGUAUGCAUCGGGGCUGGUUACUCCGGUCUAAUGAUGGCCAUCAUCCAAGAGCAGAAAAUGAAAAGCCAUAACGUCGACUUCCAGAUCUACGAGAAGAACCACGACCUCGGCGGGACGUGGCUGGUGAACAGAUAUCCGGGCUGCCAAUGCGAUAUCCCAGCGCACAACUACGCGUAUAGUUUUGCGCCGAAUCCUAAAUGGCCCAAUUACUACGCGACCUCGCAGCAGAUACAGGAGUAUAUGAAGGAUGUCGCGGCGCAGUAUAGCUGUGAGAAGUAUAUCAGCUAUAAGCAUACCGUGCGGAGCGCGGUGUGGCAAGAGGAGGCUGGGAAGUGGCGUCUCACGGUCGAAGCUGAUGGAAGGAGCUUCGUCGACGUGUGCGAUAUUCUGAUCAACGCUGGCGGGGUCCUAAGUAACUGGGAGUGGCCCUCCAUACCCGGCAUCGAGACCUUCUGCGGAAAACUCCUACACUCAGCGGAUUGGGACACUUCGUACGAUUGGAGUGGAAAAAGAGUAGCAGUCAUCGGCAUCGGCUCCUCCGGAAUCCAGAUCCUCCCCAACGUUGCCAAAGAUGCCGCACACGUAGACUUCUUCGCCCGCUCCCCGACUUGGAUAACCCCCGGCACUGGCAUCCUCUCGCCCAAACCCGACGAUCAUUCCGGUCCCAAAAUGGACUCUUCUUUCAACUACGCGCCCGAAGAACUAGAUCGCUUCGCGAGCGAGCCAGACUACCUCCUCGCCCACCGCCGCGACCUCAGCGAUAAACGCAUCGAGGAGUUCAAAGCGCACAAAACCGACUCCACCUCCCACUCCCGCGUCAACGCCCUCUUCCGGGAAUCCAUGCUCUCCCGGCUCGGCGACUCCCCGAAGGCACUGGAAAUCGCGAAGUGGCUAGUGCCGAAUUUCCCAGUGGGGUGUAGACGGCUUACGCCCGGGCCGGGCUUUCUGGAGGCGCUGAUGCGGGAGAAUGUGGACAGUCAUUGGGAUGGUAUUGAGACGAUUAGCGAACGCGGGAUACAGAAGAAAGACGGGACGCUGGCGGAGCUAGAUGCUAUUUUCUGCGCGACGGGGUUCAAUACUACAUUCAAACCGCAGUUCCAGCUUAUCGGACGCAAGGGUGUUGACAUGGCCGAGAAGUGGGAGAGGGAGGAUCCGAAGGCGUAUUUCAGCAUUGCGGUGCCUGAUUUCCCGAACUACUUUUGUUUCAUCGGCCCCAACAGCCCCAUCUCCAACGGCUCUCUCGUCCAAGCCAUCCAAAUGACCGGAAUCUACAUCUACAAAUGUAUCACCAAACUGCAAACGCAAUGCAUAAAAUCCCUCGAAGUUACCUCCUCCGCGCUCGCAGACUACGACGCCUACACCCAAGCCUGGCUUUCCAAGACUGUCUGGGUAGCACCAUGUCGCAGCUGGUACAAGCGCGGGACCGUUGAUGGGCGCGUCGUCGCCGUUUAUGCAGGAAGUUGCUACCAUUUUAUCGAAGCGCUGAGGGAGCCGCGCUGGGAGGACUACAAGUUGGAGUGGUUUAAGGGCGAGGGCCGGAAUCGGUUUAGUUGGUUGGGGAACGGAUUGACGGUUAGGGAGGCAGAAGGGAAGAAGAGCGUGGGAGAUACGCAGACGUUGGAUUUUGAGGGGUAUUGGAACUUGAUGGUUCUGCCGGAGAUUUACUACUGACAGAUUCGUAGCGGUUGCCAUGAUUUCUCAUGUGGGAGCUGGCAGCAAAGAGGUAGAGAAGGCUCCCCGUGGAACUCCCUCGUCAAUGUGAAGUAGAAGCCCCAAUUCGCCUUGGAUUCCUUACAAGGAGAAUCUUUGCUGUUGUCGGGUCGGCUCAUUUUCUUGUCUUGGCGGAGGUGUUAGAGAAGAAGUAAGUGACCAAAGUAUCGGGUUUGCCCCGCACGGCUAUCUCUGUUUGCAGCAACCUUCUACGUCCAUCGGGUAAAAAUGCGCCGUCCUCGAAUCGGGUCGUGUCGCGCAGUGAAGCGACCCGAAGGAAUCCGCCAGGAUGGGUCCUACGAUACUCUUAGAGGAGUAUUCAUCUCGCCCAUGAAAUCGAGCCAGCACCCGACGGAAGUCAGCAUGUAAUCGUUUUGCACCGUUUUGAGUGGUAUGCAACGUUAUCAGUUGGCUGCGGCGUGGUUAAUCGUUUAUUCCAGAGAC